GGGAGUUCUUAGUUACUUCGACUGGAUAAAAAUAUUAUUGAUGGAAUAAAUAAUUAAGUCAUAAUUUAUUGAUUGAUUGUAUCAUUAACCAUUUCUUUAUUUUAUUUUGGUGCGAGGAACUUAUCAUGAAUCCAUUGAUUUCUGCCGCUUCCGUUAUUGCUGCUGGUUUGGCCGUCGGGCUUGCUUCUAUUGGACCUGGGGUUGGUCAAGGUACUGCCGCGGGCCAAGCUGUAGAAGGUAUCGCAAGACAACCCGAGGCGGAGGGAAAAAUACGAGGUACUUUAUUGCUUAGUCUGGCUUUUAUGGAAGCUUUAACAAUUUAUGGGCUAGUUGUAGCAUUAGCACUUUUAUUUGCGAAUCCUUUUGUUUAAUCCUAUAAAAAAAAUACGUAUUUUUUGAUUGUCUUGGAUUUGCUGCUUAUUUUUUUGAAUUAUAUCAAGAUUUCAUUCCUACAAUUACUUAUUUAUUUGUAUUGUACAGUAUAAUUAUUUAUUUGUAUUGUAUUUGGACAAUAACACCCAGGGAAGGACUGAUUUGAGGACGAGGAAUUAGUAUACUAACUCGCUUUCUUCCUUCCCUCUUAGUAUAGUAGAACUGAAACCCUUUCAUUUCAAGGAAAUGUUGCAACAGGAUAUAUUAUUUUAUUUUGCAAUUGACACGAGACUUGGUACUAAGUUCUAAAUUGAAUUUUAAUAAGAACAGUACUUUUUAGAGAUUUCCAAUUGAAAAAAAUAUAUAUAUAUAUAUUAGUAAUAUAAAUUUAAAUAGAAUAAGAAUAUAGAAUAAUAUAAAUAUCUAGCAAUAUAAAUAUUGACUAGUGAUAUUAAUAUAAAUAUUUAGAAUAAUAAAAUAUAUAUAAUUUAAAUAUAAUUAGAUAAUAUAUAAUUAGAUAAAAUGAGUCUGUCAUAAUUAGUCUGUCUAUAGUCGAUAAGAAAAGAGGAGAUCCUAUGAAAAAUGUAACCGAUUCUUUCGUUUCCUUAGGUCACUGGCCAUCCGCCGGGAGUUUCGGAUUUAAUACCGAUAUUUUAGCAACAAAUCCAAUAAAUCUAAGUGUAGUCCUCGGUGUAUUGAUUUUUUUUAGAAAGGGGGUGUGUGCGAGUUGUUUAUUUCAAGAAUAGGCUGGAUUGAACCAGCUGCGCCUUUUUUGUUUUAACUAGGAAAGACAAGGUGUAUGAUCCUGUGAAUUCCUUCUGAAUAAAUUUUGAAAUCAUCUUUAAGAACCAUAGCAGUUCGUGAUUCAUGGGUAAAGUAAAUAUACUUUGAUUCUCUAUCAACCAAUAACGCGGGGCCAAUAAUAUGGUUAAAGCUAAACUGUUUAAAGUCUAGAUGCAGCAAG